GUAAAUAAUUUGCUAGAUUUAGAGCGUAAUCUGGCAGCAAGACGUUUCGGCCAUUUUGUCUCGUGGCGUUAGUUGGUCGUUUCAGAGCUUUUGAUUUUGCUGAAAAAUGCCACCUAAAACAACUAAGAAAUCAUCCGCUAAAACACCUGCGAAGUCAGCAGAGGUAAAGCAACCAGAGAAGAAGGUUGCUCCAAAGUCACCUUCAAAGGAAAAGACUGACAAGAUAAAGCCUAAAAAGGAUUCUCUACCUGUUUCAAAGGCUAAAACUAAAGCAUUGUCAGCCAAAAAAAAAAUAGUGAAGGGAGUACAUGGAACACGCAGGAGGAAGAUCAGGACUUCUGUCCGUUUUCGUCGUCCUCACACACUAAAAUUGCCCAGACAUCCAAAAUAUCCCCGAAAGAGUGUUCCUCAUAGACCAAGAUUGGAUCAGUACUCCAUCAUUAAGCAUCCUUUGACUACAGAAUCUGCAAUGAAGAAGAUUGAAGAUAACAAUACUUUAGUGUUUAUUGUUCACUUGAAAGCAAAUAAACCUCAGAUUAAAACUGCUGUCAAAAAAUUAUAUGACAUUGAUGUCCAGAAAGUAAAUACACUUAUUAGACCUGAUGGACAGAAGAAAGCUUAUGUACGAUUAGCACCAGAUUAUGAUGCUUUAGAUGUUGCAAACAAGAUUGGUAUCAUCUAAAUGUGAAAAUUGUAAGAUUUGAAAAAUAAAGAAAUUUUGGAAGACAA